UAUUUUCCUAGCAGCACAUUUCCACUAGGGAACUAAGACCGAAAUGACACUCGACAACCAAACACCUUGAAAAUUAAGCUACCAACAAUGUGAACAGUCUAACGUGUUUAUGUGUAGGAUAAAGUCAACGAAACAAGCAGAAUGUUAUAGAAUUUAAUCGGAUCACAUUGUUUUGUUGACACAGCUGAGUAAUAGCUACGCUUAACCGUGUCGUUCUGGAUAAUAUUUGACAUAAGAAAUGGCACAAUUUACUUAUAAAAUGGUGGUAAGGCCUACUCAGUUGCUUCACUGGGGCCCUAUCAUCGCGCUCACUGUCAUAUUUAUGAUCUCGUUCACUGGUAUGCGAUGCUUGUUGAUGUGGUGGCCCCUACACACCUAUGGAGGAACAAUUCAUCUGUGUGUUUACUGUAUGUGGAUGUUCCUUGUCCUCUACAAUUAUCUACUUGCCGCAUUCAAAGGUCCUGGCUUUGUUCCGAGAGGAUGGAGGCCGGACACAGAAGAAGAAGAAAGCUGGUUACAAUAUUGUGAAGUUUGUGAGGGAUUCAAAAGUCCCCGAUCACAUCAUUGUAGGAAAUGUAAUCGGUGUGUUAUGAAGAUGGACCACCACUGUCCUUGGAUUAACAGCUGUUGUGGUCACUACAAUCAUGCUAACUUUGUCUACUUCCUUUUUUUUGCCCCACUAGGCUGCACUCAUGCAGGAAUUGUCCUUGUCAUCUCCACUUACAAGGCUCUGAACUGGCAAUACUACAUGUACUACACCAAUGAGCCUAUUGUACAGCUGGGAUUUGCUGGAUUCAUCACAGCCAUGUUUGCUAUUGGACUUGCCAUUGGUGUUUUUAUAGCUGUUGGGAUGCUGUUUAUCAUCCAGAUGAAAAGUAUAAUAAAGAAUGAAUCUGGUAUAGAAUCUUGGAUCAUAGAAAAGGCCUUAGACAGAGACAGAGAACCAGAGGAGGGUGAAUUUAUAUAUCCUUAUAAUUUUGGAUGCUGCAAAAACUUGUCACAAGUGUUUACUUGGUCAGGUAUGCCUCAGUCAGAUGGUAUCACCUGGCCUGUACUGGAAGGAUGCAAUCAGUACACACUCACGAUAGAACAAAUUCAGCAGAAAGCACUGAAGCGUGAGAGAACCCUGGAGUACCUGAUAGUGGAGAACUUUAGUGGUUCCUGGAUACCACUCAACAAGGGAUGUCGGGUGUGCUUCAACAUGCCCUGUACAGAUGAGCCACGUAUACCAGUGACAGCCGGAGAUAAAGUCCUGGUAACUCGUUGGAAAAAGCAUUGGAUGUAUGGUACAAAACUGAUUCCAAAUAAAGUAAAAACAGGGAAGAAGAAGAGGAUACGAGGGUGGUUUCCUCGCUGUUGUGCCAAAGAGCUAGUCAUGGAUGAUGUUGAUAUGGAGGAGGUCACCAACCACAAAACAGAAAAACCUGGAUUACAGAAAUCAAAUUUAGGGAAAAAAGAUAACUGAUAUAUGUCCUUAUCUUACAAUACAUUUUCACCUGAUGAUAAGGAAUACUGAUGUGUGUGUUACUUUGAAGUUAAGAUAACCUGUGUUAAUUUAUGUGUGUUUGACUAGAGAACAAGGAUGACAUUCAUUUUACAUUUUUACGAGAAAUCAAUUAUACAAUGUAUUAGUGUACAUGUCUGUCAGACGUCAACAAAGACAAUUAGUGUACAUGUUUAACUUGGUAUGAAGCGUAAUUGAAUCUUAUCUGAAAUGGGUUGAAAAUAACUACUACAUGUGGGUGAUCAUGUGGAGUCCCUUUGACCUCUAACCAAGGGUGACUGCUGCCUAUCUUAGUUUGACAUUUAACCAAGGAUGACUAAUAUAUAUGUUUGUUAUACUCUAACAAAGAAUGACUGCUGUUUAUGUCUUUUGACCAAGAAUGACUGUUGUGUGUCAUGUUUACCUUUCCUCAAGGAUCACUGUCAUGUGUGCUAGUUUCACCUUUACACAAAGAUGAUGGCUGUGUGUACUAGUCUGACUUCUACAGAAGGAUGACUGCUGAGUACUAGUUUUUCCUCUAAGUUAGGAUGACUGCUGUGUGUGUCAGUUUUUUCACUAAUUAAUGAUGACUGCUGUGUAGUGGUUUGACCUCUAACCUAGGAUGAAUUUUCUAUGUUUACUAGUUUGAAUUUUUACCAAGCAUGACAGCUGUAUGUACCAGUUCAACCUUUAAUCAAGGUUGCAUUGUGUACUAGUUUGACUUUUUUCAAAAGAUGACUGCUAUACAUUAGUUUGAUCUCUAAACUAGAAUGUCUGCUCUGAGUGUUGGUUUGACCUCUAUCUUAGGAUGACUGAUGUGUUUACUAGUUUGACCUUUAACCUAGAAUGAAUGCUAUGUGUACUAGUUUGACCUUUACCUAAGGUUGACAGCUGUACAUGUAUGUGCUAGUGUGACCUCUAACCAAGAAUGAUUCUCUGUGUGUUAGUUUGACCUCUCAUCAUGGAUGACCGCUGUGUGUAGUAGUUUGUCCUCUAACCUAGGAUGACAGCUGUGUGUGUAACCUCUGAAAUUUCACCAAUAUCCCAAGUGAGAACAGGGAAAAGAUAAGGAUUGUUUUGUUGGUAUUUUGUAAGAGUAUGGUGUUGGAUGGAGUCAGCAAGUUGGUAUGUCUCAUUCCUGACUCAAAUAUAAUUAUACAAUACUUCAGUAUUGCCUAUCCAUACAAAGUUUAUGAUUCACUAUGAUGUUAGACUUUUUUUAUACCAAUAGUCACUAGUUCCUUGUAUGUAAUGAGUUUUUAAAUUAGUGUGUCAACUCUUCCAUCUGCUUGAAGUGCUCAUCUCAGAAAGAUAUGUCAUGUGGCAAAACACUACUGUUUAUCUUUAUUAGCUACUAAACAUAUACUUUCUAGCAAGGCUUCACUUAACCACUCCCUAAUAUAAAGUGUUAGCCCCCAUGGUAGCUAGUACUUGAUGUUUGAUCAGCUCCUUAUAUGAUUUUAAUAGUCAUCUCCAUGGUAACAUGGACAUGAGUAUCGUUUUUCAUAAUUAUUAAAGCCAGUGCAACAAUGCUGACAAGACUCUACCAGGUAUUUUAAUGUGAUAGGAAACAAAAUGAUUGAUCACAUUAUACAUUCACUCUGUAAAAUGUUAACAAUUUUAGAAAAAUAAUGAAAUAGUGGAACAUGUUUUCCAUUAGAUGCCAGUUUUACCCAACUGACCAAGAAUGACUAAACAGCUGAAACAGUGCUAAAUUAUUUUUUCUGGUUUAUUCAAAUGCUCAGAAUUAGUGGAGUAUUCUAGUUUUAGACUAUUUAAUGGAUGUAUUUCAUCUAAUGCAAAUUUUACCAUUUGGUGUUAAAAUCAGAAUAUCUAAAUUUAGCCAUGUCAUGUUUUUGUGAUUGUAGAUCAGAAAUUGAAAAUAUAUGAUGUAGUUCUUUGCCAGUUCGAUAUUUACCUUGCAAUAUCAUAGCAAAAGUAUCAAGAAUUAGAUACUGACAAAAAAUCUGUUAUGGUUUGCAAUACUUUUUAUGUUAGUAUCGAUUUUGUUACACUGAAAUUCAUAUUUCAGAAUUUAAAGUUUGUUUAUUGAUUUA